AGAUUUUCCAACAGGAAAACGUCAGAAAUAAAUAAGAAAAGUAAGUCAUCCAUGAUUAAUCAGCGUAGCUCGAUAGUGCUACAAAAAAAUCCUUUUUCUGAACAAAUUUCACGUAUUAAAGCUUUCAGUUUUUACCAUUAAAACGAUUUCUGCCCGUGAAAAGUUAGACUGAGUGCAUUAUCAUGUCGGGUCAUCAAUAUGUUCCAAAUCCGUCGAAUUUGUUCGCUGAUGAAGACGAAAUCGACGAUGAAAUGUUCCUGCGCAAUUCUGUCAGAAGAGGACCUUCAGGAACGGGUGGAGGACCAGGAAGUAGUAGCGCUAGCCCUCCAACGACAGACCAACAUCACCUCGGGUACAAUCAAUACGAUCAGUUCCAGAAAAACUUUAUGUCGCAGAAUUAUGAAGGAGAGGAGGUGGAAAACUAUGGACCUGGUGGUGUUGUGGGGACAAAUCUUACAAGGCCAGACGUUCUCGGGCCUGAACCUUACCACCAGCAAGCAGGAGGUUUUGUGGCUUAUGGUGGCCAAUUAGGACCUGGUUAUGGCGUUGAUCCUUAUUCAGCGAACGGUUCGGUGGCCACAUCGCCUUAUGGUGGUUCCAAAGUAUAUCAUCGACCCGUUCCUGUACCUGGUGCUGUGGGGCCAGGUGUUUACGGAUCCGAUUCGGAUGUUGACGAUGAAAUAGUUAGACAACGGCAAACUUUUGAACAACGCCGGAGGGAACUUGAAGAAAGUACACUCCUUACCUCUCAACGUUGCCUCGGAGUUCUCAGGGAAACUGAACAGGUUGGAAUUGCUACAGCCGAAGAGCUGCAUCGUCAAAGGGAACAACUCGAAAAAACCAAAAAGCAGUUAGACGAAAUAAACAAUUCGCUUCGGUUCAGCCAGAAACAUCUUAAUAGCUUGAAAAGCGUUUUCGGAGGUUUGAAAAACUAUCUAUCUGGUCGAAUGGGACCCGAAUCACAAUCUCAUCCGCCACCUCCACAAAGCGGAAGUGGAACAACAGGAAUACCUCGAAAUCCUAACAUAUCGCCAUCACCAUCGGAGGAAGUUUAUCCUAACCCACAGGAUUUCCGAAUCCCGGAUAACUACUGGCCGGAUGCAGCUUCUCGUAUGAGAGGCGAUUAUCCCCAUCAAGGACAGGAAAUGAUACAUGCCAAUGGUUCGGCAGCAAUGGUUGGAUCUGGGCCAGGUUUCAGUCAUCAACUGGAUCAAAACCUAGAUGAUAUGCGUGGUAAUUUAUCUCGGCUAAAAAACCUUGCCCUAGAUUUGAAUCAGGAAAUCGAUAGCCAAAACGAUCUGAUUGAUGAUAUUUCGAACCGCGUUGAUGAUGUAGAUGUCAAGAUAGGCAAACAAAACAAAGACAUGAAUCGGCUACUAAGGAAGUGAAAUUUUUAAAUUCCAUUUACUUGUCAUUGAUACUUCCUUAGUAAAGCCCUACCCCUAAAUCAGAAAAAUAUGUUGUCUUUAGAAUCCAAUCGAAAUAGUGAGAACUCAGUGAAAAAACGAGAACACUAAAACUCACAAAACACGGUAUGAUAAAAGCAAAGCUAUAAGUAUAUCGAUAUUCUACCUUGUAAAAAUGUUAGUUUCUAAGAACUGUAUGAUUUAAUGUACAUUCUCUAUUGUUUAACCUAAGAUCGCAUUCUAUCAUUGCCCAUUAUACAUGCAAGUUAAAAUUAUAAACAAAAACUACGAGGGAAAAAAUGGUUUUAUAUUUUUGCAUGAGUUAUAGAUAAGUACCAUCUUCGAUUUUGCUCAGUUAUACAUUUAAAACGAGAAUCAUACGGAAUAAACCUAUACUUAAAAUUGUUCGAACCGUUAUCAUCUGAUAGCUAACCAUAAUGCAGGAUUUUCGAAACUAGAAUGUAAAUAUUAGCCUUAUUCAGAAGAUGGUAUCACUGGUCAACAGCUUGUUGAAACAUUUCAAAACCAUUCCAUAGAUUUCUAAAUUCUUCAACCUGUUGAAAAUGUACCGGAAUAAUCUUCAGCUAACAGUAAAACUUUAAACUCAAGUAAUCUGGAUCAGAUCAGUGUUGACCAGUGUUAUCUUAUGCAAUAUAAAAACCGUCGUCUAAAACUAUCAAAAUAAUAAGAAAACUGUGGAGAUUUGCUGGUCGAAGAAUGUUGGGCAGAGCAAACCUUCUAAAUCAUACCUAGAAAAGAAAUCCCCUUGAACUUAAGAUUUGAGUGUCUGAUUGUAAUUUGUCUCCUCCAGUAUUUGUCGAUUCAUACCAAUGAAUGUGAUGCAAAAAAUUGCAAAUGUACGAUAAUGCCUACAUAGUGAAAUGAAUCCGCAGCAAAACUAGUCGAAGCAUUCAAGAUAUUUCCUCUCUAUUUCUCAAGUAUCAAAUAUUCGCAAACAACAACAAAAAACAACGCCAGUACACAACCUUUAAACACAUUUCAAUCUAACAUAAAAUAAAUCUUCGCCGAUGCAAUCUUAAUUGCAAAGCAUCCACACAUAGGAAACACAAAUCCCUAGUAGUACAUAAAUUGUUAUCCAAGUAAAGCAAAUACAGAGGAUUGAUUGUUUAUGUUUGUCUCACCCUAGAUUCGUCAGAGGAAAGGAAAUCAACAAAGAAAGGAAGUUUGAUAAAUCAUUAUAAAAACGAACGGAAAACUAUAUAUAUUAUAUAUUGGGGUAAAAAACUUAUUGGAUUAUUAAAUAAAAUUAAGCAAGAUACAUCACAAAACACAAGGUAUAUAGUAAUAAAAACAAAUAAAAAAUAAAAUAAAGAGAAACGAAGCAAGUUUAUGGUAAUCUAUUCAUAGUUGAUAAUUUCGAGAUAUUCGUAAUAAGGUAAAAAGUGGUUAUAAAUAAAAGAUACGAUAAUCUGCAGUAAAAUCUAUCUAUAGCUCAUUUAUACUGAUCUUUAUUGGUCGAUGGAUAGUUGAUAUCAGAAAUCAGUUUGGAAAAUCCGAAUCGCGAGCGAAAACAAAUUCUACCAUUUUGA